GCCAUUUGUCACCUCGUUCAGUUGAACUGACCGGACUUGUUAUUUCCGGUGAAGUUAAUUCGGAUCCAGCUCGACCUGCAGCUUACGUCCUUGAAUCUCCUGCUCCUUAGCUCGCAUUCCCCAUGUCGGCGAAACCGGAGGAGCACGAGGGUGAGGAGGAGAUCCUAGGAGGCGGCGUGUGGGGAGUGGAUCUAGGGGUAGAGAUUGAGGAGGCCCACCGCGCGGCGUGCUUGGCGGGGAAUUCCACCUACGUAGACCCUGAAACAGGCUAUUCGGUGUUCACAGCGCCGGCUCUGCUGAAGCCCGGCCGCUGCUGCGGCAACAAAUGCAGGCACUGUCCCUUCGGCCACUAUGCUGUUCGCCCCAAUGCCUUCAUGUUACGGACCAACUCGCUCACGGAGCCGAUGCUUCUCUCUCCCACAAAGAAUGCCUCUCUCUCCUCGCCCUCAAUCGCCCUGCUCUGGGACGGCAGCCUGCCCGCCCUUCUCGCUCUCCAGGCUCUCACUGACCAAUCGCAACCCGCCACCAUGAGCGGCUCGCCUGCCCAGGAUGUUGUGCUGACGACUCUCUUUGACCCACACUCGGGGCAAGUCCUGUCCCCUACCAGCGUUCCUACCAAGACCACCAUCCCUACCAGCGUCCGUGACGCUGGGACGCAUGCUGUAACUGGUAGUGAUGCUGCUUAUAGCGAUGCUGCUGCUGCUGCUUCUGCCUCGCAGUCCGCUGGAACUGCUACUGAAAGCAAGAGAGGAAACUCUGGCAGUAGUACCACCAGCAGCGGCAGCUGUGGUACCAGCAGGGUCAGCAGUGCUACAGCUGCGUCUGGGGCAGCUAAAACUCUUCGUUGCCUUCCCAUCUCCAUCCGGGCAGUGAUGGACCAAUCCUUGGCCCUGAAACGGCCGCUGCUAGCGGUCCCUGUAGAGGGAUGCGAGGCCCUCUGUAGAGGGGUUGAGGACCAGGCCGGGGUAGAAGGGGAGGAGAAGCAGCAGGGGCGAGAUGAAGUUCGAGGUGCUAAUUUAGGCGAUGCAGCGAGUGCAGGCAAGGGUUUGGACGUGGGAAGGGCUGGAUGUGGAUGCAAGGCAGAGGCAGUGGCAGCUGCUGGUACUGACAGCAAAGGAGCAGCAUCAGCAUCAGCAUCAGCGUCAGCAUCAGCGUCAGCAUGGGGACCUUCUGGGUGUGACGAAGGAAUGAGCAUUGGAGGAUUUACGCCUAGCUGGGCUGCUUUGGUUCAGGCCGCUCUUGAUUCCUCGGUCAAAUCUCAGGUGAACUCGGUAGUGUCUCCCCUUCCACUCCUUCUGUCAACCUCUGCUUCUCCUCCUCGUCCUGCUGCCGCCGCUGCUGCUGCUGCUGCUGCUCCUGCCACUCCUGCUCCUCUCACUCCUGCUGCUGCCAUGCCUGCUACUGCUGGCACCGUGGCUGCAAGCUCUGCUGCAUUCUAUGUAGAGCCUGUGUUUAAGCACCACUCGCUGAUCACAAUGGCACCCGUCACACGUGGCUCUUCACUCCUGCAGCCAUCUCAGCUCCGGGUUCUCCUACACGAGGCAGGCACCUGGCAGCACGUACCAACAGAGGAAGCCGUAUCUCGGCUCGCUUCCGCUCCUUCGUCCUCCUACCAGCCGCCAUUGGCUGGAGUGGCCGCUGCUCGCUUGCCAUUCGUUCCUACUUUUGUGGAGAUCCAAGCGCCUGCGCCUGCCAGCCGGUUCAGCAGGUGGAUUGCAGCCCUUCGAUAUGUGAUGCACGCUCUGAUGAGGUGACAAGCAAGAGCGGCCCAGAAUGCCUCGUAUUUUUCCCCGCAUGUCAGCAUUUUGCAAAUCAAAUGCUCCCCAUUCCGGUUGUUUCCUAGGUAUGGUGUGAAAGGUGUAAGAAAUAUAUUAUAUGUAGUUCUCAAUGUGCUUAUACACAUACGUAUGUGUUCCUAUGUGGAUGUGUUUAUGUGUUCACCGAUAACGGACU